CGCCGUUAAUAUUUGUCGGCACAGGGCUUUUGGUGCGGUUCAAUUUUCUUGGCUGCUGCUUAGAUUUUUAAUUAAAAUUAAUUAAAUAUCUUUAGAAAAAAGUGUUAAACAAAUUAAAAAUCUAUAUAUUUAAAAAAAUUAAAAAAUCUAUAUAAAUAAUUAGAACAAUUCUCAAAUAAUACUCUUUUAUAAUAUAAAUUAAUUAAAAGUUUUAACAAAAUGGAUCCUGAUUUAGAUAAUGAACAAAUUGUUUUGUGUGAAAAAAUCAUCAAUGAUAUUCAUACUGUAUUUCUCAAGGACACGGAAUUAUCCUCCUUUGAAAUCAUACCCACUGUUCUGAAUCGCAACAAAUCCCCCGUCAUUCAUGUCGAACACAAUUUGGGUCUCGAAUCGUGGUGUGCCAAACAUGUUUACGAUCAUGCCCACAAAAUGCUUAUGAAUUACAAGAAACAAUCGCUUCAACGUUAUGUACAACAGAGCGAUGUGGUGCUUAAGUACCUGAAUGUUGCGCUUCUCAUCAAUCCGGAUGUUACGGGCUUUUGGCAUAUGCGUCGCCAACUAAUGCAAAAGAAUCGUCUGAAAAUGAAUAGAGAAUUGAAAUUUUCAGCUUUAGUCUUGAGUAAAAAACCCAAAUCGAAUGAGGCUUUUGCCUAUCGUCGUUGGUUGUUUUCAUUUCAGAGUGCUGAAUCUAUUGACUGGCAGCUGGAGAUAGGUAUUUGUGAACGUUGUGCCGAUCGCAGCUCUAGCAACUAUCAUGCCUGGUCUCAUCGCCAAUGGGUGCUGCAAAAUUCUCCCUCCAUUAUAAGAGCCGAAAUCAUGCGCACCGAGAAAUUCAUGCGCAAACAUAUUAGCGAUUAUAGCAGUUAUCAUUAUCGCCAAUUACUCAUAGCUCAAGCCUAUCAGCUCAGUUACUAUGAUGCCGAGGAACUGCAGCAUUUGCAUGAUCUUAAAGAACUCAUAAACUAUUACCUAAUAGCUGAAGUCCAGUGUCCUUCACAAAUAUUAGAUUUAAUGCUGCCCGGCAUAGAUCGUUCAGCCAUAGGGGAGCAACGUCUUAAAGCUUUCCUCUACUGCUGUAAUCUAUCCGCUCAUGAUAUGCGUUUGUGUGAUGAUCAAAAGAAUAUGUAUGGUGAACGUGAAUCCUUUGAGCUGCAUCGUCGUGCCUCUCUUAAGUUCAUUGUAGAGCAAUGUGUUCGUUUACUGAGCGGUGACUGGGUGGGCAUGUAUUCUCCACCCGCUACGCCGGAACAAAAACAACAAUUCAAUUUGCAUUUACGUAAAUUUGACUACAAUUCUUAUGAGUUUCUAUUGGCUCUUAAGAAAUCGGAAAGUCUACUGGGUCCCAAGCAUCGUAAAUGGUGUUCUCUGUUUUUGGGUUUUGAUUAUGAAUCGGGUGCUGCUUAGAGCUUAUGCUACCUUCUUAAAGAAAAUGUCUUUAAAUUACUCAAUUAGUUAAAUCUUUUCUUUUGUUUUCUAAGUUAAUGUUUAAUUUUUGUUUAUUAAUUUGUUGUUUAUUUUUUAAACUUUUGCUUUCUGUUAGCUUUAACUUCAAAAUUUCUUUGCAUUUAUUUAAAAAAAGUUAAUAAUUGUUAACUAAUAUUUAAACUUUACACUCUUUAUAAAAGUAUAUAUUAUUAAAAAAGUUUAAAAAUAGUAUCAAACAAAGAUGCAAGGUCACAAAUGAAAAUUAUAAACAAAUAAUUCAAAUAAAUAAGAUUUAUUAAAAAGGAAGAUUCAAAAUAAUAGGGAACCUUCUUAAAACAAACAAUUAGUCUAGACUAUUGGCUAUAGACCAGAUUAUACACUAGAUUAGGUUAUAAUCCAGACUAUAAACUAGAAUAUAGACCAGACUACAGACUACUCUAUAGUCCAGGCAAUAUGCUAUUCUAUAGUCCAGACAAUAGACUAUUCUAUAGUCCAGACUAUAGACUAUUAUAUAGUCCAGACUUUAGAAUUGAUUAUAUACUGAACUAUAGACUAGACUAUAGACCAGAUGGACUACUCUAUAGUCCAGACUGUUGACUAUUCUAUAGUCCAGACUGUAGUCUAUUCUAUAGUCCAGGCUAUUCUAUAGUUUAGUCUAUAGUCUAGCCUAUAGUCUAGUCCAUAAUCUUGUCUAUAGUCCAGUCUAUAGUAUAGUCAAUAGUCUAGUCUAUAGUCUAGCCCAUAGUCUAGUUUAUGGUCUAGUCUUAUUUAAUAUAAGAUUUUCCCUUUUGUUUUCUCCUUUCAUAACAACCUACAACACAUAAAAGUGCAUUAUUAAUUUUAAGUUUAUUAUUUUUAAUUUUUAUUAAAUACUUUUAAAAAUAAUAUAUUUAAUUAACAAAAACAAACUCAAAACACACGUGUAUAAUCAAAACUAACCAAACAACAACAAUACUCUUACUUACACUUACUUUCUUUUUCUUACUCUCCAAAACGAAAAACUUCCUUUUUUUCUCACCCCCUCUCUCUCUUCCUUUAGAGUAGAAUUUUAAGUAAACAAUUUAACAGUAAAGAAGAAACUAGUAAAAGAAAUUGUUAAAAAUAUUAUAUAAAAAUAAAAUAGCUUAAAAACACAAUUAAGCAUUUAUUAGUUACAAAAAAAGAACAAA